AUGGAAAAAUCAAAAAAUUCAUUUACGUGUACUUUUGAUCAAAAUUUAAUAACGAUCCUUGUUAGCUAUCUUGAUUUUCAGUCCGCAUUUCAAGGCCUUUCUAAUGUAAACAAACAAGUCAACUCGUAUUUCGUUGAUAAUGGAGUGGAUUACAUCUGGAAACUCUUGUUUACUACGGAAUUUUCGGCUUAUGAAUAUCCAGACCACAAAAAAGCCAAUGACGAGUCAAAUUAUCAAUACUUUAAAAGAUCAUUCAUGAAAUUUAAAGUUUUUAGAGAGCUCCUAAAGAAUAUAUUUGAAUUGACCAACCAGAAAAGGUCUAAAAAGCAAUACGGAUUUCUCAGAAACUAUGAAGACAGGGAAGUCCCAUAGUUCCACUAUAUCGAGGAGUAAAUAACUUUCGAGAUAGAAUGUCUUUUCAAAAACCUUAAUGACCAAGACCCUUGCAACAUGGUUCUCGACCCUGACGAGGAACACGAAUAUUUCUCAAACUUCAAGCUACAUACAAUGUCCUUCAACAAUUACAACCUUCAGACAGUGCUACUUACUUCUUCAUCAAUUCUCAACUUCCGUAUGAUCUUACAAUUGAAAACUGGUAUAAAAGGUUUUCCAUUCACUCAUACAAACAGAUACCGAUAGUGCAACUUUAUCGACUUGAACAACACUUUUGGAAUGGGUAAUAAUACGGUGUUUUCGAUGGCCGGAACUGAUAAAAGCCACGUAUUAUUGAUAGCACCAAAUAUUGAGACUUAUCUGAGCAGACAUUACAGUCUACUAAAGGAUGAUAAUUUAUUCAUCCACAAUGGGGAAAUUCACCAGUUUACCAAGAAUCCCUUAGUAAACAAUGGCUCUGUAUCUACCUCCAACGGGCUCAAAAUAGAGGUACAAGCUUAAAUUAACCACAUGUUCUGCCGCUUUGACUCUAGUUUACAUGAAGAUGCUCCCAAAUACUCAUUUGUAUAUCAAAUGAGGAUUUCUGUAGACACAGAAGAAGAAGCCUAAAAUAACUUUGUCCCUUGCAAAUUACUUUAAAGACAUUAUCGAAUAUUCAAUAAAAAUUCUAGCCGCAUCGUGGCAGGAAACGGGUUGAGUUGCUAAAAUAAAAAGUUCCCAAUCUUUAAUUAACCAACAGACCCAGUUUUUAUUUACACAAAUGUCCUCGAAAUGAAUGAUCUAGACUACACAGUAGAGGGCUACUUUACUCUUAGGUACUUGAAAGAAGGUGAAAAAGCGGAUGAUACAGCUGAAAACGUGUCUGAUGUUGAUCCAUCCCUACUUUUUAAAGUGUACAUAAACCCGUUUAAAUUAUGCCUUCCAGAAGGUUAAGAAUUUAUCAAGAAUCCCGAUUUUUAGGGUCAUAUGAAUUAUGAAUGA